UUGAGCAAGUACUAAAUUAUAGACCUACAUUAAAUAAUCAGAUACCGUUUUAUUAUCAUUUAUUGGCAUCUCCGAAAUAUUCUGCCUCGUCGCGAGAUCCGAAACCCGGGAACCUUUCAAUGAGUUUAAUAAAGCUUUAUCUGUACCAGGAGAGAAAAAACUAAAGUUAAAGAAGCGUAGAAGGAAAGUUGAGUAAGAAGAUAUUCAUCUUUUCAAAUGUCAAUGUAGUACUUGCUAACAAUUUCAAAACUUAUAAGCGUAGCUAUAUGUGCAUUUACACAUCCGUGUAUAAAUACCGAUCACAUGACUCGCAUAAUUAACUCAAAAAGGGAUGAACCCAGUGUUUUACUUCCUUCUUGGCUUAACUGCUGUUUUGGCCGUGACCGCUAACGCAGGGGGACCAGUUCUCGACACUGAUGGUGAUUUCAUACUCGACAGCGGCAGUUACUACGUUCUCCCCAUCUUCUCCGGUGGCGGUUUGACUCUCGCCCCCCGUGGUGGCAACCGAUGUCCCCUCUAUAUCGGACAAGAAUAUUCAGAUGUCAACAAGGGUAUUCCCGUAAAAUUCUCAAACUGUAGGUCAAAAUAUGGGUUUGUUCUCGAGCUGGUUAAUCUCAACAUCGAGAUGGAUGUUAAAGCUACGAUCUGUUUUCAGUCUACUUAUUGGUGGGUUGCUGAGUCCGACAUGGCCAUUAAGAAGUUCUUCAUAGUUUCUGGUCCUAAGCCAAAACCUGGAGACGAUUCGUCCAAGAGUUUCUUUCAGAUCAAGAAAACAAAAUAUUUUCAUAACGGCUACACCAUUGCGUUUUGUCCAAACGAUAACGAUUGCAUCGAUGUCGGGAUAUUUGUGGAUGAAUAUGGCGUUUGGCGUUUGGCUUUAAGCCCUACGCCAUUCCCGGUUGUGUUCGUGAAAGCUAUUGGUAUAGAGACUUCGUCCAAGACUAUGUCUGAGAGAAACUAAAGAUUAAAAAUUUAAAAUUAAGUAGAUGUAUAAUUACAAAAUUAAGUAGAUAUAUUUGUGUUCACUUUUUUUUUUGUUCAUCAAUCAUCACAUAUGGAAUAAAACAUUUUUUCUCUGUUA